AUGGCGCCAGAGACAAAGGACGGGCCGCUUCGUCGCGGCUCAUUCUUAGAGCCCGGCGCCCCAGAGACCCCCGCCAUCCACCCGUCAUUCAUCCAGGUGGCCAAGCCGUAUAUCUUCGAGCAGACCAUCCAGGACUGUAUCGAAGCUAUGGGCGUCAAUCCAAUGCGCGAGGAAUCGCUGCGUCUCCAGGGUGUGACCUGGAUUGAUAAUGUGCGGAAAGUGCUUCGUCUUCCCGUUCGCACUUUCAACACGGCUGUGAUGUAUUAUCAUCGUUUCCGGUUGGUGCACCCGGAUAAUGAAUAUAACUACGUGGAUGCAGCGGCCGCGGCUUUAUUCGCUGCGUGCAAGAUUGAAGACACACUCAAAAAAUCAAGAGAAAUUGUCUGCGCAGCUUACAAUCUGAAAUUAUCACCAUCUGAACAUCUGUCGUCUGAUGAUCCAUUCUUUGAAACAAAUGCCCGAGGCAUCAUCGGCCUAGAAAGGCUCAUGCUAGAAGCCUCCGGAUUCGACUUUCGGACUCGCCAUCCCCAAAAAACGCUGAUGAAAUUAACCCGAAAAUCCGGCCUGACACACGACUCCGAGGUCUCUCGCCUGGCCUACCGUAUCUCACUGGAUCUCUACCGGACCUUUGCCCCCGUCAAACAAGCAUCCUCAGCCAUGGCAUUUGCCUGCCUCGAGCUUGCAGGGCGACUACUGGAUCAGCGCAUUGAAGCCGUCGAGUCUGGAGCGGAGUAUGACCAGUGGAAUACAAAUCGUGAAGAAGUCAUGGAAACACUCUUCGACCUCCUCGAACUUUAUACCGACCAGCGCUCAUCGACGAUCGUGGGACCUCAAUUCCCCCCUGAUCGCUUCUUGACAGUCCGCAUUCCGCUUAACCAAGAAGCAGAUGCGCAGCACAUCCCACGGUACACGCGCUGGAUAGAACGUCCGCGCAUGUCCAAGACCUCGCCCAGGGAAUCCAAUGGUGCUGGUACGGUGCUGCGGCCUAACCAUCCGCUAACCCCGAUUGCUGCAAACGGCGACCGCCUGAAAAUGAAUGAACGUGGCUCUGACGCUGCGGUCCGGUUUAUGUUGGAUCCUGCUUGUGCAGAGGAGGAGAAGAAGCAGGUUACGCAGUAUUUUACUGUUGAGAUGGAGGAGUUUGAGGUUGAAGAGUAA